GGAAAGCAGUGUACUGUCAACCUGCACAAGAGACUGAGGAGUCAGAUCUGUUUGGCAGAGAGGAAUGUGUUUGGUAAAGUACAGCAGAGCUAAAGGAACCCUGGGGGAACAUGUUAACUUGUGUGUUAAGAUAUGUGCCUCUAGUGCAGUUGACAUCCACCACCACAUUAAAGCACAUACUGAAUACAGAAUAUUCAUUAAGACUUAAAUUGCAUACAGUACACAGUAAACACAAUAAUAACAGAAUGUUGAGACAGAUAGACGCAGACAUACAGUUCGUGGAGUUUUGUCUGCUGGCGUUCAUCGGCGCUUCUGUGUGGUCAUGUACACACAGGUUGAUUCGGCGUUUGUCGUGUAAUGUGAAGUGAGGUUCUGUAAUCUGCUGAUUGCGUGCGUCUGUCGGGGCAGUGCUCUUUAAACCACCGCUCGUUUUUAGUAAGCGGUCAAUAAAAACGUUAAGACAACAAAACAUAUAAAAGACGUCGAGGACAAAAAAAAAAGUUUUUUAAUAAAAAGUGAAGUUUAUCAAAUAAAUUACAACACAAAAGGUGAGGUUGACUUUAAGCGUCGCUUUGCGCUUCCGCUAAAGACUCCGGACAACAACAGCGUAACCGAGCUUAGCGAUUGGUAGAGGUCCUGCAGGUCACGCCCAUCCUUUAAAUACCAGGCGUGCGUGUCUAUUUUGACACAUGCUUUUACCAAUUCAGUGCCGGAUAGAUCACGUAGCCGCUAAUGAAGCUUUUUUAUUAUUAUUAUUGUUAUUAAAUCAAGGGACAAGCCGAAUAGAACUUAUUAAAAUGCAUCGCUUCUUCCUGCUCAUCAUAGCCUGUCUUGCCAUCGCCGGUGCUGUGAGUGACAGUGAGAGAGUGGAGGUAAAAAGUGGAAAAAGCGUCACCCUACGCGUCGAAACACCUGGGAAUGUGAGGCGAGUGACUUUAACGUUACGAAAAAACUGCGAAGACAGGACAGGAGAUCCCAUUAUCCGCUACUGUUCCCCCGGAGAGGAGAAGAAUGGCUGCCCCGCCAAGAAAUCCGACAGAUUCUCAGUCAGGUUUGACACGGAGAGUUUGUCCAUAAUCUUCGUUGAUGCCAGAGUCAGUGAUGAGGGAUGUUACGUUGUCUCGUAUUUCGACGUCGCUAACAUCUUGAAGGAGAGGUUCUUCGACGUCACGGUCCACGGAUCACUGGAAACUCCUGAAGACUUUCCUAACAAAGCCAAAGAGACUCACUGGACAAUCAGCCCAGAAUAUUUGUACAUAAUCGCAGUGGGCAUCGCAUUGUUGACUGCAUUUGUGAUUUUGGUUAUCAUUUGUGUCAUCAACUGCAUCAUCAACUGCCAAAAGAAGAAGCAAAAUAGCACAGGGGAUCCUGAGGAGAUGAUUUCUCUCAGCUCAACCAGCAGUGGAGCAAGUAAACCAACCACAGAUGAAUCCUUAGAGAUGGUGGAUGUGACAAAGUGUUCAGUGGACAAUAACAAUCAGCGUUCAAAAAAGGACCUGAACCAUGGAGCCUAAAAGGCAUGAUGACGAAAAUACAAAUACAAGACAUUGUGUGGACUCACAAGACAACAAGGGCUGAGGAUUCCAUUUAAAGACCAUUGAGACAUCUCAUGCAAGUCACCAUCAUACAGAAGCAGCAGCUCUUCUCUGAGAUGAGCAGAACCUCAGAUGCUCAACCAGAAAUACAACAGUGGUGAUUCCCAGCAGACCAGACAGAACCAGACGAACCAGAGCCUCAGUGAUGCUGCAAUGAUCCAGACAAUCUGAAAGAGAAGAGAGUUGUUCAUAAACAUGUGAUUGAAUGUCUUUGUCUGUGAAGACACAGCACAGAGGUCAUUACAACAGGAAGAGAGUUCUGUUUUAAAUGUAGUUUGAUUUCUCAUACCUUCAUGUCGUGGGCAGAUCUCUUUCAUGUGAUAAUAUAAUUAUUAAUCGGUUUACACUGAUGGACAGUUUUAUUACUCACUGGAUUCACAGCCGUGCAGCUGUAGAUCUCUGGAUCAUUAUAAUGAAGCUAAACUGAGGUUGAUGUUGAGAUCAGGAUUGCUGGUCUGGUUCAACAUUUCACCUCGUUUAUACCACGAGAUAAACACGCCUCGAUCAUUUUUCACAGAACACAACACAGAGCAGAACUUCUCCAUCUUCUGUGGCUGCUUUGAUGAACCUAGUGGACAUCUGUUGUGUCAGGUUAAUUCUGAACCGUUUGAGAGAACCUUUUUUCUUCAUAUCAAGAAGUUCAAGAAAUCAACAGAUAUGUCCGUGAUUGGCUACACUGCUCAACACUGCAAAAAACUCUCUGCAAGCAGCUCUCCAGAGCACAAACACGAAUACGCAUUAGAGUUUCGUUUCAUUUUGUUGUUUAUGUUUAGUUUAUUAUUUUAUGUUGUAGUUUGAUUGUUUUCCUGCCUGUGCUUUGAUUUGUUUGUUUUAAUGUUGAUAGUUUACUGUCAGCUUCUUUUCUUUGUAGAUAUCUUAUAAAUGAUUAUAAACAUCUUACUCACAUUGGAAACUGUUGGUGGUGGUUUCUUGUUCCUUUUUUUUAUUUAUUAUUAUUUUAAGACGAGGCUGUGUAAUGUUAGUUUGUUAUAUUGGUCUUUGCUCAUUCCUCAGUAAAUGAACGUGUAGAAAGAGCUUUGUUGUCUGUUCCAGGUUAUUUUGCUGCCUCACUCUAGCCAGUGUCAUAAC